AGAAUUCUUUGUUUCCAAACCAAAUCUCUUCAAUCACCCUUUUUUCAAACAAGCCCUAAAAUCACCCAAUGUGAUCAAACACAUACAAAGAAAUUUUAAAAAAUAGAAAAGAUCAAAACUUUAUCUUAAUUUUUCAAUUCCAUUGCUACCCAGAUCUCAAUCUUGAAAACCCCAUUAAAAUAAACACGCAUUUUCAUUCCCAUUUUCAAAAAAUAUUAGGGUUCGAUUUUGUGCGAUUAGAUAAUUUGAUGAAACAAGGGCAAGAUGGGUGGCAGAGACGACAUGCCAGAAGGGACGAUGAAAAACGUGUUGGAACAACAAUCUUUGAAGUGGGUUUUUGUUGGUGGGAAAGGAGGUGUUGGGAAAACAACAUGUAGUUCUAUAAUUUCGAUACUUUUGGCGUCUGCGAGAUCAUCUGUUCUUAUAAUAUCAACUGACCCUGCUCAUAAUUUAAGUGAUGCUUUCCAACAAAGAUUUACUAAAGCUCCUACUUUGGUUAAUGGCUUUACCAAUUUGUAUGCCAUGGAGGUUGAUCCCAAUGUAGAGGAAGGAGAUGAUGCGCAAGAAGGAAUGGACGGUUUCCUGUCAGAUUUAGCAAAUUCAAUACCUGGGAUCGAUGAGGCUAUGAGUUUUGCAGAGAUGCUAAAGUUGGUGCAAACAAUGGAUUACUCGGUGAUAGUUUUUGAUACUGCUCCCACUGGUCACACACUUCGGCUGUUGCAAUUUCCAUCAACCUUGGAGAAAGGUCUUUCCAGAAUGAUGAGCUUAAAGAGUAAAUUUGGUGGCUUGUUGGGUCAGAUGAGUCGUUUGUUUGGAGUUGGAGAUGAGUUAGGAGAGGAUGCAAUCCUUGGAAGGCUUGAGGGCAUGAAGGAUGUGAUUGAGCAAGUGAACAGGCAAUUUAAAGAUCCGGACUUGACGACUUUUGUAUGUGUAUGCAUCCCAGAGUUCCUUUCGCUAUACGAGACAGAGAGAUUGGUUCAGGAGCUCACUAAAUUCGAGAUAGAUACACAUAAUAUCAUUAUCAAUCAAGUGCUUUUUGAUGAAGAAGGUGUUGAAUCCAAGUUGCUCAAAGCUAGAAUGAAAAUGCAACAAAAAUAUCUAGAUCAGUUCUACAUGUUAUACGAUGACUUCCAUAUUACAAAGUUGCCCUUGCUGCCAGAAGAGGUUUGUGGAGUUGAAGCACUAAAAGCAUUUUCAAAGCACUUCAGAAAACCAUAUGAAUCUUCUAUCACUCGAGGGACAGUAGAAGAGCUAGAACUGAGAGUUUCAAGGCUACAAGGACAACUUAGAGAAGUGGUAUCAGAACUAGAAAAGGCCAGAAAAGGCAAACAAGUACUCUAAAUAUUUCCUUUAAAUUUAUUUCUCACAUUAUUUUUUUCCCCCAAUAAUCCAAAUUAUUCUUGUAAGAUUGUUAUCAUUCUACACUGAACGUCGGUAUGUAGUACAUACAAUUGCAUAAAACAUGUUUCAUGUUCGUAUUCAACAAUCAACAUACAUAUCUAUGUAUAUGCAUUUGUUGUAUUAUUACAUUUGUAUUUAAAUAAAUACAUUUGUUGUAA